GGCGCCGCCGGCCGGCAGGGGCGCUGCGGGAGGGGGAAGCGGAGCGGCGGCCGUGCCAUUCCCCGGCUGCGCGGUCGCCUCCUCCCCCUCCGCCUCUUCCUGGCCGCGGCGAGCGGAGCUGUGCUGGCAGCGGGGAGGCGGCGGCGCCGGCGCCCAGCUCCCGGCCCGCCAUGGCGAUCCGCAAGAAGAGCAACAAGAACCCGCCAGUGCUGAGCCACGAGUUCAUCGUGCAGAACCAUGCGGACAUCGUGUCCUGCAUGGCCAUGAUCUUCCUGCUGGGGCUCAUGUUCGAGAUUACAGCAAAAGCAGCUGUCAUUUUUGUUACACUUCAGUAUAAUGUUACCAUUCCUGCCACAGAAGAACAAUCUGCAGAAACAAUCUCUCUCUAUCACUAUGGCAUCAAAGACUUGGCUACGAUUUUCUUUUACAUGCUUGUAGCAAUAAUCAUACACGCUAUAAUUCAGGAGUAUGUACUGGAUAAAAUUAACAGGAAAAUGCACUUUUCAAAAACAAAGCAUAGCAAGUUCAAUGAGUCUGGGCAACUUAGUGCAUUCUACCUUUUCUCCUGUGUUUGGGGAACGAGUAUUCUUGUCUCUGAGAACUAUAUAUCAGAUCCAACCUCUCUGUGGAGGGACUAUCCGCACACACUGAUUCCGUUUCAAAUGAAGUUUUUCUACAUCUUACAGUUGGCAUAUUGGUUUCAUGCUUUUCCAGAAUUGUACUUCCAGAAAACUAAAAAAGAAGAUAUCUUUCGCCAGAUUGUCUACAUUGGACUUUACCUCUUUCAUAUUGCUGGAGCCUAUCUCCUGAAUCUGACCCAUCUUGGACUUGUUCUUCUGGUAUUGCAUUACUUCGUUGAAUUUCUUUUCCACAUAUCCCGUCUUUUCUACUUCAGUGAUGAAAAAUACCAGAAAGGAUUUUCACUAUGGGCAGUUCUUUUUGUUUUGGGAAGGCUUCUCACCUUGAUUCUCUCAGUCCUCACUUUUGGCUUUGGACUAGCAAGAGCAGAAGAUCAGCAGCUGAAUUUCAGUACUGGAAACUUUAAUGUCCUGGCUGUUAGAAUCAGCGUGCUGGCCUCUAUCUGCAUGACUCAAGCAUUUAUGAUGUGGAAAUUCAUUAAUUUCCAGCUUCGGAGGUGGAGAGAGCAUUCUUCUUCCCAGCCUCAGUCAGUGAAAAAGAAGUUUGUAUCAGCUAAAGGAAAGACCUCCAGAAAAGAAAGAGAAAACGGAAUAAAUGGAACAGUGACCUCAAAUGGAGCGGACUCACCUCGCAGCAGGAAGGAUAAAUCCUCGUAAAACUGGGGUUUAUUAAGUUAAUUGACUAAUGUCCCCAAAGAAUCUGCUUUUUACAUGGAUGGCUCUUCAGCACUAGAGAUAUUAUGGAUUAAGGAAAAUACAAUUCAUGUUUUUUGAUUAUUGAUGUUGUUUUGAGAAACUUUUUUUAAAAAGCCAUUUUGACUAAGGAAAAAGGUUUAUCUCUCUUCAAAUACUUGAGGGGAGGAUUCAACACUUUUUAAAAAACAUUGACGCUUUUUUAAACAUUUACUGUGAUGAAAUAACUUACUUAAUGAGGAUCACUGUUGCAAUGUAUUAUUUCCCUCCAGUUUUUGUAAUCUUGGUGAUAUAUGAUGUUCUACCAACUUCACUUUUUCCAAGUUCCUCAAGAAGUAUUACAAAAUUGAAGUAAAAACUUAGUAUACAUUUUCAGAUACUCUGGCUUUUCAGUUAAUUACCUUGACUCAAAUUUGCAUUUCAAAUUGGGAUUCCAAGACCACACCAAUAGACCUCUUUAUUUUGUAGUUACUAGCUGCACAAUGUCUGCUCUUAGAAUUGCCCCAUAUCAUUAAAACAGAACUGAAAUAAUCGGAAAUGUUGCAGAGUCUUAUUGUUUGUUGGUUAGAAAUCUCUUACAAGGAACAAAAAACCUUUCUGAGAUAUAGCUUUUAGCACUUGAAAAUUAGAAGGGAGUGUGUAUGAUCAUAGGAAGAGUUGAUUUCAGUAGCACUGUUCGCUUCUGUGUGUGCUUUUAAAGUGUAUCUUGGAGAAUUAGUGUGCGUUGGACCUUCUUUAAAAACUUGUCUGGCCGAUUUUAGAGGGUGGAGGUUCUUACAAUGUCUUGUGUUUGUUUUGGGAGGCAAUUAAUGCUCCAUGAAGAGGGAAUUAAAUAAAUGGAUCAAGUUAUGAGAAACAUUCCUUUAUUCUAACUGCUUUGCUUUGUUUCACCUCUGUUAGGAAUAGUUUGAUUUCUCCUAUAUAUGUUUUUAUGAAAAAAUAUUUAGAAGCUACAACUUCUUAAAACUGAUUUAUUGUGCCCUUUGCUACAACUGGAAAAAUCUCAAUUUAAGAAUUCUUCCAUUAUCUUUUAAAAUUGUAUUCAAUGUGAAGCUUCAUCCAGUUAGUUUUCCAGUUUAAUAUGCAGAUAAUGUUUCCUCUGUACACUUUUGUAAUGGAUAUAAUUCAACCCAUUGCACUUGAGAACGAGUGAGAGAUUUAUUUGAGUCUUAAGAAGAAGUUGCUAAAUUAGUCUAUCAAGGUAACCAAAGUAUUGAACUGCUUAUUGAUUGAGGAUAAUUAUGAGCAAUCAAGCUGAUAAAUAAAAUAAUUUUAAUUAAAACCUGUUAUUAUAAUUGAAUUUAUACCCAACAGAGUAAUAAAUCUGCAUUCUGUAUCUUCUACAGUUCAAUUGCUUACUGUUCAGAAUAAACGUUUCCAGUACAAAAUAUUCUCUACAAGUAACUAUCCAUUCUUCGAUUGUUUAGUACUAUUUAGAGUUAUUGCAGUAUAAUUUAUUAUAUGUUUCCGCUAAUUACAGUCACGGUUCCCAAGUAUUUGGUUCACACCUCCUGAAAUGGACUUGGCAGACUUAUACUUGCUUGGCUUGAGAACUCUAGAGCAGCAUGCCCUGUAAUGUGCCCAGUCUGCUUCAGUAGAAGUAGCUAUGCCAUGCCUUGAUUUGAAGUGGUGGAACUGUGAAUCUGUCUGAUUCUGGAAAUCUGACAUGAAACUGGAAAAUUGGAAAUCAGAAAUUUUGAGAGAAUUGUAUACAUUAUAUACCUGCUGCCGAAAAUCACAUUUCAAGUCUGAUGUUUCUAGAAAGACCUUCACAAAUUCUGUGUGCCUUGCUCUCAACUUGUACCUUAAGCCAGGGGGGAAAAUUUUAAGUGUCUAGUCUGGUACUUUGACUCUAAAUCGGUUUGGUUGUGAUAUCCGGUUGUACUGGGGCUCUCAGAAUCAUAACACGUGGAGGAACAAAUUAUGAAGGGAACAUCUAAGGUACUUCUUGAGAUCUUUAAGACUUAUAGGAGAGUUGUAAUAGUUGUUUCCCUAAGGCAAACUGUUUCUUGUAAACCUCAUUCACAGUAGUCUUGAAAUGCAAACUUCAGGUUAAUUUCCAAAAACUUCGAAAGAAUAUAUUCUUGACUGUUAAUACUGACAUUGCUUUUUGUCUCCUUUUGGCCUUAUGGACAGAAAUUCUUGGCCUUUGGACUUUAACAAAAGCACUUUUGUUUCCACAAUGACUUAAUCUUCAUCCUUGCCUUAUAGGAGUUGUCGCUGUCUGCCAAGUAAUAUAGAAUAAUAACAGUUGUUCUAGAAUUUGGAUAGAGUAUUGGAAGCCAGUAUCUUCUGUCUUUUGUAUCAUAACUAAAAAUACAUAAUUAUUAUGUUUGAGGCAAAAGCAGUGAUUUAGAAUUUUCUACCUUGGAAUGGAAACACUCAUAAACUUCUAAGAUUUUGAGACUUAUGUUUCCAGUUUGAUAUUGCUUGUUUUAGCAUAAGAUUAUUGUCUGGCUGGAUAAUUUCUUUUUAAUUGCUUAAAACUGGUUUUUAAAUGUUACUGCAUUUUUUGCUCUUUGCUUGUAAUCUGGGAUUCAGUAAGAUGGAAGUCUAAUCAUGUUUUCUUAAUUAUGGAGUCAGGAAAAAUAGAAAUGGAAAUGUCUGAAGAGUUCAUCAUUUUAUUCCUAUGUCUAAUAAAAUAAUUUUUGCCUAGGCUGCAGUAAUUUAUCCUGGUCAGUUGACAGGUCCUGUGAAGAGAAAGAUUUGUCCAUAUAGAUGGAUUUUAAUUGAAUAAUUAUACAGACAGUGGAUAGGGUUUGUUGGGUUUGGUUUUUGUCUUAAAGCCCCUUCCUUUUGCCCUGUCUUUUCAGAACUUUUCAAGAUUUAACAACAGAUGAUUUAUAGCCUUUUUUGCCCCCCAAAUGUGUGUUUGGUUUCUAUACCAGAAUCUACUAUCAAAACUAUUAUUUUACUUUUAAAGUGAUUAUAUUGAACUUCAAAGUACAAACAAGGAGCUCAGACCAGCUGAAAAUAAUUUUAGUUUUCAUCUGGACACUUUGACUGGUUGCAAAGACUGAUUUCUCCUAUGUGAAUUACUGAUGAAUGUGGAAAUACUCUUUGGAAAUACGGCUUUUCUGGUGAUCCCACGUCCAAAGUUAGGAAUUAUGAAGGAAUUUGCCAAGCAGAGAAAAUGCUUAGGCUAUUUCUGCUAACAUUAGGUUAUGCUGAUGGCAAAUUAAGUAUGUUGGAAUAAUGCAUGUAGAAAAUCAGUUAUUUGUAAGCAUUUGAUAUUUUUCCUAAAUACUUUUUUUUCUUUGAAAAUUUUAGUUGCGUUUGUGGAGUUAUGUUAGCCAGAAUUGUAAUAAGCAGUGCACUACUCGGGUACAAGUAAUUGACUUCUGUAAAAAGGAGCAAUACACAUCUGCAGUCCUUUUUGUUCUUUGAAGAUUUAUGACUAACUGCACAUGAGGUAAUUUUGUUGGUGGCAAAACUUGAUAUUAAAGGGAAGGGAGCAUUUUCAUGGUCAUGCUAAGCUGAAAGUAAUGUAGGUUGCUGCCAAAAUUGGGGUUCAGUCCCUUGCCUUGGCUAGCACAAGCCUUUCUGGUUGCAUGGUGAGCUAGAUCAGGGAGCUGGUGCAAGGGGUUGCUUGGGGUUUUCUUUCCACUGGAUUAGUUGUCUGAUGGUAAUCCCAGAGGCUCACAUGUAUAAGCAACAAGAAAAAAAAUGCAGGGAAAAGAUAUAUCAGGUUCUAAGGCAGCUACCCCUUCCAUUGACAUGUUGCUUAAAAAUUACACUAGAUUACAGUAUGAGUUGGGUGAUCUCCUUGAAAGGCUUCCAGUCAUCAUUACCAGAAGGGAGAUUGGUCUCUGGUAGCUCCUACGUGCCAAAUCCAUUAAGUAUUAAUGGAUUUUUGUUGGAUAUUGAGGGGGAAGGGGAAAUACUCAUUGUGUUUUACUGUACUGAGAUACCUGUUAACUGUCAACAGGGUUUCCAAGCAGUGAAAAAUGAUACUGGUGAUGUACAAACUGGAAUUUUGAAAAUGUGGGUUGUCCUGGAUCAAACAAACAAAACUACUUUCCUUAACGGCCAGGAAACUACAGCUUUUUUGCUGAGGGAUUUUUUUUCCAUAUAAACCCUUUAUGUAUUGAAGUAAAUCUCCCAGAGAGUUUUGCAAGAAUUGCAUGAUAUGCCUGUCUUGGUACAUGGAGGGAAGGGUUGUUUGGUUUCUCUUAUUUUGUUUUCAGGAAGUUCACCAGCUGAUUCCUAGGUCAUACUUGGGUUUGGUUCCAUUUGUGACUCAGCCCUUUGGGCCUGUGUUGUAAAUGAUGGAGACUGGCAGCUUGAAUAGGCUUCCUAUGCAGUGUUGGUCAUUGCUGUCCUAAUUGUUCUCUCUGGAAAAUCUCAGUAUUGAAGGGACUUGAACACAAAGUAGAGACAGUCGUGUUGCUUGUAACGUUUGCAGGCUGGUGAGAGCCUGUGCACAGAGAUACUGCAUUCCGGGGAGGGGGGGCUGUGUUUUAAUGCCCACAGCCUGUAGUAAUAGUCAUCUUGUUGUGCAAAUAUUUAGGCUACUUCUGGUGCAGAGUAUAAGGAUGUCCUACAAAAUGAAGGCUUGGGGAAUAUUUGGAAGAUCCUUUAAAAGGAAUGAGACUUCAAAGGACUGAUGUCAGUUAUCAUCUGUUCAUCAUAUUUGAAUUUCUUAUGUUGUUAGCUGCGGAUUAUCUUUAGAGCACUGGAUUAGCCCAUGCUUGUUGGUUUGUUGGUGGGGUUGUUUUAUAUACUGUAGGUCGUUGUGGUGGAUGUUUAAUGAGUAUCCCUUCUUCACACUGUUCCCUGAACUACUCAGUUUUCGGUCUGAUAAGCCUAGAUCUCUACACAUUAAAGAAUUUUGUGUGCUCUUCAGAACUAAAAUAGGAGCAGGGCUGGACUGUUGCUGGAUCAGACGUGCAAGAAAUAAGCACAUCAACAUAUUGGGUGUCAUCAGAACCUCCUUAAUAGGAACUGAAACUCUUUAGGAUGAAUACAUUGCAAUACAACUUAUAUCGGAUAUAGCUCACAUCCACAGAGCGAGUGCCAUUGUGGAUGAAAUGGAACUGCUUUUAGCAUCUGCCACUGUCAAUUCCCUUUGGUGAGCGAUGGGUGAGGAGUGCUGCGCUCCAGCAGCAGUAGACUGUUUUCUGCCUUUCAGAAAAAAGUUCUUUUGAUGUUGCCAAUUCAAAAGACAACAACUCCUAUUUCUUGUUUAAAAAAAAACAGCCUAGUUUUGAAUCCAAUACACUUGAUCUCUAUGUGUCCUGUCACUUUUAUUUUAGGUUUCUGCAAAUACUUCAGUUUUAUCCUGCUCAAGGAUGGCAAAUAUGUGAUGUGAGUGCCAGAAAUGACAACUCCUUUUUCUUCUUUUUGUGUUCGAAACUUUUUGCGGAAUCAGAGCAGCUAGAGUGUAGCUUUAUAAUUCAACAGUCUUUCAGUAUUCAUUCUUUGUCUGUAUUUAUUGUGGUUAAUAUUAAAGAUCAGGCAUUGUCAUGCACCACAACAAAGUUGUUACUUCUUCAUUCCACACACGAGAGUGUGGAAUUUGAUAUACUGAAUUGAAAAAAAAUACAUUAGUCUUGACUGGUUUAGCAGAAAUUGAUAUUCCUGGAUGUUUUUCCUUUGCAUAUUGCAGUUCACUUUUACUGCCUUUCUCAUUUAAGAGACUGGACACUUAAGGGGUCUGAAUCUCUAGACUGUAGUUUUGCUGUAUAGCACUCGACAAAUUAUGGUCUAGAACUUGAGCUUUGUGUCUCCAUAUAUUGGUUAUAAAUGUUGAAGAUUAUAUUUUGCACUGUAAUCAACAGGUAAAAAUUCAGCCCAUGGUAAUAAGAAUACUGUAACAGGGUAGGAAUUUUGACUCUUGAACUCCAGACUAGAAACCAAGCCAAAACGUAACUCGCGUUCUCACGCGGGUGAUUCCUCCUUUUUGUUUCUUGAUUAAUCAUUAUAUUUGUUUGGUUUAUUUUGAUUGUAAGUUCAUGUGGCAAGGGUUGUCUUGUGUGUGUGUGCGUGCGUGUGUAUACCCAGGACAAUAAGGUCUGGAGCCCCAGUCUGUGGAAGCUGUAAUAAGCAAUCACCUUGUUAUUGUUUUUCUGGAUAUCAUAAUAAAGAGUAUCAAAUUAAAA